AUGGCAAAAGAUGAUGAUCUGACCGCAGAUGUACCUGCAAUCGUUGCCAAAGCUCGGAGAACGGGCUCCGGCACUGACAAACCCGUCCCAAGGUCUUUCAAGUCUACCGAUGCUUUCCUGCAGGAGCUAGGCCUGGACGGGCACACCACUACAACGGACUUGAAAGAAAGAUUAGACAAGUUGAAAGAUGUUGAUUCCGGAAGGGCGCCUGGGCUUCAUAAACCUGGUGAUGAGACUAUUGGCAUUACCCAGCAGUCUUUUCUCCUCCCACAAAUGUCGGAUCUCUCAGAACUUAUUUCCGGCUAUCCCGGUGAUGCAACUAGGUUUUCUCGCAAACGUACAUCCGGGGGAUUUCCAAAGACCCAUAAACCUCUCGAAUCGAUUCCUGUUCCUCAUGACGAGCGUGCAAUCCUUAUGGCGAUGAAAUUAUUACAAGACAAAGUGGAAGCUCUCGAAGGCUCCAAAGCAGAAGCUGAGCAACAAUGUAUGCAUUUGGAACAUGAGUUGAGAAGGAGUGAGAUAAGAAUUCGCCAGGAGCAACAUCGGGCAAAGGCAGCAGAGGACAGUCUCAUAAGAAAGAGAGGUGGGGAUAGUGCAUUUGGUGGAAGCAAUGACGGCGACGCAGAGGAGAGAGCGAAAGAAAAAAUGAAGUUAGAACAUCAGAUGGAGAAGCUCAGUGCGUUAUCGCUUUUAUCCCUUGCUAAAUGUAUUUUCGCUUACAAUAGUGCAGAAUUGGAGACCACCAUUAAUGGCCUUCUCACUCGAUUGGAUGCGCUCACUCGAGAGCUCGAGGUUUCUAAAAUUGCCUUGAGGCAUAUGCAAGAAGAGCGCAACUCUGCCAUCAACUCCGCUGCGAUGACAAUUUCUACGAAUGAGGACCUCAAGGCAGUAAAUGAGGAGCUUCGAAUCGAGAUUGCUCACCUCCGACAGGGGCGCUCUGAUUACGAUUUCAGAGACAAGGAGUGGAAAAUUCGUGAAGAUAGGUUGCGGCGGAAGGCCCGAGAGGCUAGGGACGCCGCUGCAGUUGCUGAAGUUGUGGCAAGAGACACAGCUAGACGUGAAAAGAGCAAAGAAGCUGCAGCAAGCGAAGAGUCUGUCAUGGCCGAAAGACGCGAGCAACGGACAAGAGAGAAGGAAGCCGAAAAAGCAAGAGAGCGUUUGGACAUCGAAGAGAAGAAGAUUGCCGAAGAGCAGAGAGCAAAAGAGAGAAUUGCAUUGCAGAAAGAACGAUUUGACAAAAUGGUUGAACAUCAGCUUAGGAAACUUCGUCCGGACCUUUUCAUGGCCAGAUUGGAUAUUCCUGCUGCCCCGUCAUUGGCUGUUAACCGGGUUUCAGUACCGGAACCGGUUAGACAGAGAAGGGAAGGAGUGCAAGCACAGAGAAGGGGAAAGAAGGAUACUCGUUCCAAUGAGGCCCGCGGAUAUCCUGCUAUUAGUGAUAGCGAGGCAUUGCUGAUGGAUGCUCAAGGCACACAAGCUACUUCCGGGGAUAACGAGCCAAAAGAUCUUUCGACCGGUGACGAUACUGUCAUGUCUAUUUCUCCCGAUGAGAUUAAGAGGAUUGCAAAAGAAAUUAAUGCUGAAAGGCGCAAGAGAAAAUUAGCUGUGACACAAGAGCCGGCACUGUCCGGUCUGGUGACGAAAGCCCAGGCGAAGAGGGCCGCAACGCCGAAAAACCCAACCAGGAAGUCCGCCAAAGCAUCUGCCCCAUCAACCGAGAAGGUCGAAGAAACUAUUGCUCCUGUUAAUCGCAAACCUGGCACAUCCAACAAACCUGCCAAAACCGUCAGAAUCGCUAAGAGCGAUAAGGGCGGGGCGGUCGACAACUCGGCCCAAGUCACCAUGACCCUGCCCGCUCAACCCCAGGAGCAGCCACAAACUUCGGCCAUUCCAUCUUCUGAUGCUGCAGUACAAGCUUCCCAGGCUUCCCGAAGGCCAAGGAGAAGGAGAGUCGUUAAGAAGGGGGCAGAAGCUUUGAAUGGGCAGGCUCGACAGCAAUUGCCCGUGCCAGGCCACGAUGAAGAGCACACAUCCCAUGAGGAAAUGUCUUAUGAAGAUCCCAUGACUCUCCAGGAGUCCAUGAUUCAUUCACCCCCCCCUGCCCCUCCCGCAGCGGCCCAACUGACACCUCGAGAAACACAUGACGUCCAAAUUAUGGUUGAUCACCUUGCCGAGCAUGAUCCUGAAUCCUGCACCGUCUGCAAACGCAUUCAGCAACUGAGACAGAAGGAGCAAGAACAUAAGAUGGCUAAUCCUCUGGCAGAUAUUGAUAAUUCAAUGGCAUUCCCCGCCCCUCCCCUUGAGCCUGUCUCUACAAGGAGACCGGGGAACACUAGGUCAUAUGAGGAAGAAGCAACUCCUAGGCCAUCACAAGCACCAAAAACUCAGCUAAGUAAGGUUGUUCGUCAGCUCCAAGACGAGUUUGCCCAUAUUAAAUUAACGUACCAAAACAAGGCGGAGGAGUUCAUGAGCCUAGACCCAUCGAUGGGGAAGAGACGGCGCAAGGCGCUCACUGGGGAGAUGAACGAACUAGUGGCAGAGAUGGAUUACAAAUGUGAUCAAAUAUACGCAUUGUACGACUCAUUUGCCCUUGAAAAUGGCGAGAAUGGCGAUACCGAAGAUUCUGCUGGUGAUGAGGAAGAGGAAAAUUAAGUUUGUCAUUAUAGCUAGUGCAUAGUUGUUCUCGUGUUUAAACUAUUGGAGUUAUGGGUUUUUGGGUGCUUUUUUAUUCAUUAUUGUACUAUUUUUUCCCUUACAAAUGGUUUCAAGGAUGUAUAGUUCCAUUAAUGUUAUGGGGGCCGGUCAAUGGUUUUAUUUUAUUCUAUUUUUUACCGUCGUAUCAUACUUGUGGUUUUGUA